GAUGGCGUAGUUUCUUUGCGUUUAUAUGUAAUAUAGCUUUCUCAUUUUGCUUAAUUACGGGGGAUGUUUUCUAACAGGGGAAGCGUGUUGUAGAAGCUCCCCAAAAUCUUAAAACUAGCCGUUGUAACGAAGAACCCUAGAAAUGGGGAUGGGGGGCGACGGCGACGGCGACGGCGAGCGCCUUACGGAUCGUGCCGCUCCAGCGCCGCCAGCGCCGCUGCCAAGGAUGGCUCCAGCUCCGCCAGCGCCGCGACCAGGGAUGGAAUCUGCCGCUCCAGCGCUACCAGAGAUGAAAUGCGAGGAGCGCUUUAGGGACCUUGCCGCUCUCGCGCUACCAGCGCCACUUCCAGAGAUGAACCCUGCCACUCCAGCGCUACCAGAGACGGAAUGCGAGGACAAGGAGCGCUUUAAGGACCCUGCCGCUCUAGCCCUGCCAGCGCCACUGGACCCUGCCGCUCCAGUGCCACCAGUGAUGGAAUGCGAUGACGAGGAGGAGUGCCUUAAUGAUCUUGUCGCUCUAGUGCUGCCAGCGCCUCCUCCUGCCGCUCCAGUGCCACCAGUGAUGGAAUGCGAUGACGAGGAGGAGCGCCUUAAUGAUCUUGUCGCUCUAGUGCUGCCAGCGCCUCCUCCUGCCGCUCCAGUGCCACCAGUGAUGGAAUGCGAUGACGAGGAGGAGCGCCUUAAUGAUCUUGUCGCUCUAGUGCUGCCAGCGCCUCCUCCUGCCGCUCCAGUGCCACCUCCAGAGAUCGAGCCUGCCGCUCCUGUGCCACCAGAGUUGGAAUGCGACGAGCAAAAGAGGAAACGACCAAGGUUUCUAAAGGGCGAAGCUGUUCCACUUGAUGAUGCCGAUCCAGCUCCACAUACCCCAGAGGCUGCUCCACACGCUCCAGAGACUGAUGCAGAUCCGGCAGCACUACAGCCUCCUCUCCCGGCUGAUCUAGCUCCUGUCCUCCCAGCUGAGCCAGUGCUAGUGCCUCCUCCGGCUGCUGCUCUCCUCCCAGCUGAGCCAGUGCUAUCGCCUCCUCCGGCUGCUGCUCUCCUCCCAGCUGAGCCAGUGCUAUCGCCUCCUCCUGCUGCUGCUCAUGCUCAUGGAGCUUCUUCAUCCACACCCAUGGAUGUUUUUAAACUACGUGCAUGGAGGCGCCUUCAACUUCGCGGUUUGAUUCCUCCCACAGCCCCAGCAGUUGCCCGGGAAAUGCCAGAGGUUGGUUUCUGUGUCGAGGACGACGAUUGGGAGUGGAAGGUGGACAUCAAAGAGCUUUUUGGCUCUUGUUUUCAGUAAUUUAGUCCUGGAAAACAUUUUACAGCGACUGUACAAAAUUUGAGCGCAUUUUGACAAGUAUAAAACUGUAUAAAUCAACGACAUUCUUGAUUUCGCC